CGCCGUCGCCGCCAGGCAGGAGUUGCGCGCCUCUGCGCCGGGAAAGUUUCCCCCGCGGCCGCCGGCGGAGUUGGCGGGGUCCGGACGCCGAGAAAGGAGGGGCACCCCCGCGUCGCCCCUAAGGAACCCAGAAGGAGAUCCAGAGGAGCUGCGUGCCUCGGCUAGCGCUGGGAAGACCGGCUGUCAGGAGGUGGGCGCCCCUGGACCGCCUCGCGCCUGCAGGGGCCAGUGCUUUGGGCCCCGUUGUUGCUGCAGCGUGAGCCUCUU